AUGUGCUGCAACAAAGCAGAAGCGCUGGUUAACUACUCCUUUGGGACACGUCAACAGAGGAAGCUCUUUCCUCACGCUUAUCCCCCCAACUUUUUGGGGAACAAGUUUCUCCCUCUUAGGGGAGCACCCCACAGAGGGCCUGGAUGUUACACUACAGAAAACAGGUAUGACUGGGUAUACAACCUCUCUAAGAUCCCGACCAGCAGAAAAGGAUAUUCUUUGGGAGCCAGAACAGCCGCGAGGUUUAAGCCGAUCAACAAGGACGUGACGCCUCACCCAGGCACGUACCAGACAGUGAGUCUUCAGGAGCGAAACAUCAAACAAAAUUUUGCUCCAUUUAAUGUCAUGUUGCCUCGAUUUGGGACAUAUUCGAGGGACAAGUAUCAUCCUGGCCCUGGCACAUACAAUCCAGAGAUAAGGCCACCCCCCAAAGUCACCUGGCCGAUGAAAUUUGGAUCUCCAGACUGGGCCCAGGUUCCAUGCCUGCAGAAAAGAACCCUCAAAGCGGAGCUGCCCACGGACAAGGACUUCAGAAGACAUCGGAACCGCUUGGCCUACUUGCGCCUGUUUUACAAUUGAGGAGCUGGGACUUCCCUCGCGAGCUGCUCCUGACCGCAGAGUC